GCGAAAGAGGGCGGGGCUCCUCCUGUUGGGCGGAACUCGCUCACGUGACCGAUUUGGGCCAAUCGCGUGGCACUCAGGAGUUGUGAACGUCUGCGAGCCUCUUUGCUUGGUGGCGCCAGCGUGAGGUCGCAGAAGAAGUCUCUACAAUCCAUCACUAAAAGGCCCGGCAGCGCAGACAUGGACAUCAGACCCAACCACACGAUCUACAUCAACAACCUCAACGAGAAGAUCAAGAAAGAUGAGCUCAAGAAGUCUCUGUACGCCAUCUUCUCGCAGUUUGGGCAGAUCCUGGACAUUGUGGCACUCAAGACGCUAAAGAUGCGGGGCCAGGCCUUUGUGAUCUUCAAGGAGAUCAGCAGCGCAACCAACGCCCUACGCUCAAUGCAGGGCUUCCCCUUCUAUGACAAGCCCAUGCGGAUCCAGUACUCGAAGGUGGACUCGGACAUCAUCGCCAAGAUGAAGGGCACCUUCGUGGAGCGUGAGAAAAAGAAGGAUCGCAAGAAGAGCAAGGCCAAGGAGGAUGCGGCGGCGGCUGCCAAGAAACCGGCCAUCGCUCCCGCCGCUCCCAUGGCCAUGGCCCCCAUGGUGGUCCAGCAGCCGCCCCCCAUGCUGGGCAUGCCCCCCGGGAUGCCCGGAGCCCCCCCGCCCUACAUGCCCCCCCCGGGGAUGAUGGCGCCGGGCAUGGUCCCCCCUCCAGCAGGGGCUAUGCCCCCCAUGCAGCUGGCUGAGAAUCCACCAAACCACAUCCUGUUCCUGACGAGUCUACCCGAGGAGACGAGCGAGAUGAUGCUCUCCAUGCUCUUCAACCAGUUCCCAGGCUUCAAGGAGGUGCGUCUGGUUCCGGGGCGGCACGACAUCGCCUUCGUGGAGUUUGAAAACGACGCGCAAGCCGGAGCGGCGCGUGACGCGCUGCAGGGAUUCAAGAUCACGCCGACCAACGCAAUGAAGAUCUCGUUCGCCAAGAAGUAGAACGUGCUGGGGAUGGGUGUGAGGGUGGGGGGGCACACGGCACGGCGGGAGGCUGCACUGUUUCACGCCAGUCGGGAGUUUUCUUGAUUAAAAGUGUAAAGGUUAAUUAGCGGCAAGUCCCACGGCACCCCAGUGACCUCAUCGCGAGUCCUGUUAACAAUGGAAUUGGCCGAACCUCUCCCCCCGGUGAGUGUAGCCCCGGACCCUGCCGAUGAGCCUCGGUGGCGAUGGCGAUAAACUCGCCUGGCAAACUGGCUGCCCGAGUUCAUCACCCACAUUUUGGUGAAGUUGAUUUUGCCCAUCGCCUCCAGUUGACAAUUGGGACACGCGGGCUUCAUGAAACGGAAUUAAGAUCGCGAGUUAACAUUUUUCAAUCUGUACAGUGUUUUGAGGGGUGGAUUUAUGGCGCGGCGAUUAGCACUCUGCGCCAUGAUUUCCUGCCACGACUAACGUAAGUGUAACAUGGAGAACCGGUACCUGGUACCACGUCCGCCCACCACCUAGCAAAUCAGUACGAGCCACGGUGGUGAAGUAUGGGGGAGUGCAGCGAUGUCACUGGAAUUGCCCGCGAUAAGAGCACCGGACCGGUUUUAAUUUUAAUUCCUCACGAAUCUUCCGGCUUGUGUGGGGACGUGGCCGCGCCCCGUGCACGUGUGCCGCCCGCUACGAGAAGAGCCGUGUGUUGUGGUCCCCCGUGUCCCCCCUUGGUUACAGGUUCCCCGUUGUGUAAUUAUUCUUGCGCCGUGUGCGUAGCGGCACCAGCCUCUUGGGCGAGGGGGCUCGUGGCUACCCAACCCCCCUGCAGCCCUCAACCUCCCAACCCCCCUUACUGAGUCGCCAGGGAAGGGGGGCAGCGGUGGUCAUGUGACACGCGAAGAGACCAAUCAGGGGGGGGGGGGGCGGCCUCCCGCUGCCAUGCAGCAGCGGAGCAGCGUCCUCACCAUCGGGCGUGGAGACUUGCGACAGUUUUGAUGCACGUGACGGCGAGGAGGUGACUUUGAGGAUAAUGGUGAGGAUGAUGAAUAUGACAGAGAAGAUAACAAUUUUAAAAGUAACAGGUGAUGCUGACAUUGGCGAUGACAACAACCAGCAGCGUUUGACGACGACGGUAGCGACCGACGAUAAGGACGACGGCGGGAGGAAGCGCCCUCCCCCGGACCGCACAUUGAGUCAUGGAUGCCUCCGACGUCAAACUCGCUACCUCAACCUGGCUCUAGUUAAAUUUGGACUUUGACCAACUUAGAGGCAACACCACAGCCAUUGUGAACCGCUUGAGUGAGAGGGAGCGGGGGGGGGAGAAGUACUCAGGACUCGCAGAACCCCAGCGGUGUUGGUGCCCCCCCCUCCCUCCGCGGCUGCCCCAACGCCGCGUUGACAUUGCAAAGCAGAGCGACUCGCAGAGUACCCAUAGCUAUCGGGUGACGUCAUUGACGCGCUCACCCCCCUCCCCGUGGUGCCGAGUCGACGCAGGUACGUGUGGGUGUGGUAAGUACCGCAGCUGCCUCCAUUGCACCGCGGAGGGCGUCGCGUCGUCAUUGUUGUCGCUGUCCGUGCCGUAUCAUUGAUGUCCAUGUCGUACCCAGUGUCGUCGUCGUCGCUCUCCGUGUUGUGCUCUCGGGGUGUCUCCACUCGGCUGCCGGGUCUGCGGGGAGCGGUGGCGCAGCGUUUGAUGCGCCACUAACCCCAGCGAACAAAGUUCGAUUCUCCGCUCACGGUCACCCAACGCCAAUGGCGAUUAUCUGAACCUGUCCUGGGCCCUCCCCUACGGUGACUCGGCCACAAAUGAGUACCUGGUUUGGUGCAAUGUGUUAACAUUUCCAGAAGGAAACAAAGGCUUCCGGAUGUGGCACUAGCCACGUCCCACCACCCUGUGCAGGAUCGGCAACUGAAUGCAAACACGGCUUUUAUUCUAGAAACAUUGAAGCAUUUUCAGUGGACAUGUUAACAAUAAUGGCCAAGCAUCCCAAUAUGGGGCCACGGAGCUUGGGCGAGUUGGUGGUGCCGGUUGCGGCCGCCUUCCUGCUCGUCUGUGUGGUCCCCCCCCCCAUGCCUCUGAAUUUCGACGGAAACUUGCACAGCGCGGCAUCGAGACUUUUGUGCUGUAUGCCCGUUCACUCAGACCGCAGACCCCUCAGCGCCACCGAGACUCCCUCGACGCGCCGACUCGACGGUUUGCGUGCGUGCGUGUGCGGCAACGGGCGCUGAAAGAACAGAUACUACCGAGUCGAGCAAGGGUUGGACACAGCACCCAGGGUCUGCCCCGUGCAGACAUCGCACCUGGAGUCCAACGAGACCUCUGCGGUGGCAGCAGCGGCGGCGGUGGGAGUGGUGGCAGCCACGCCCACCGCAGUGGGGAGUGGCGCUCGCCAGCAUCCCGAGGCAGGGAGAGUUCACUCGGCGGUGGGGGAGGGUGGCGUGCGGUGGUGACGCUCGAGCCACGGCAAGAAGGGACCUGGGCUCGAUUUCCAACUUGGGCAUCUGUGUGGAGUCUUUCUGGUGGUGCCCCCCCUGUUCUGCGUGGGUUUUCUCCCAGAGCCAUUGACGCAGCGUGACUGGUAUUGGCCAAAAACAACCUACCGGCAAAUUGCACGUGUUAACGUCUGAGAACUUGUCAGGACCCUCCUAAAAACGAGUCUUGAGACUCGGACGAACCUUUCCUCGGUAAACGAAUAGUCAUUCUAUGUCAUCACUACGUCGCACAAGACAAUUUCAGGAGGGGUCCUGCCAAGUUCACACAAUCGUGGCUGAUGCUGUGUAAUCUCAGCCGAGACGUGAUUUGCCUGAUAAGAGGUUACACUGCGUGGCAUUUUUAGCUACGGGGAGUUGGAAACCAGAGGAACUCCGACGCAGAAUGAGGGGUGGGGCGGGAUCGGACAAACUUCACACGAAUGGAAUCCCAGAGCUUGUUGCUGCGAGACACGAGUGGCGCCACCGCCUACGCUGGGGGGAGUGGGGCGAGGCUGCCUGUUUUGGUCAGGGGGAACUUCACCGUGUGGAUGAUGGUCCCGCGUCUCCGCUGAGGUAGACGACAACUGCUGCUGCUACCGUAGUUCUCUCCGAGAGGCGAUGGGGGGAGAAUGUGGGGAGAUAUUUGUUUUUAUAAAUAAAAGUUUUGCUAUUUGUC